AUGGUGUUGCAGUGCUGGAUUUGCAAAAAAACUAAGUUUUUAUACCCGAAUCUCACCUUCCAUUCGUUUCCAGCUGAUAGCUAUGAUAGAGAUAUCUGGUUAUCAAGAUUGAGCCGUAAUCAAAAUGAACCCAUUCCCAAGCAUGCCAGAAUUUGUUCAUCUCAUUUCGGGAUUGGAGAUUUUUUGAACAAACCAAGUGGCAAAACAUAUUUGAAACAUAGUGCUCUUCCACUUUUUUUUGGUGAUGGUGAUAAAGAAUCAUUUGGGCACUCAAGAUCAGAAACUACUAGAAAAAGAUUAUUUUCAGAUAUGGCAUCAACUGGUACAGAUCCAGUUCCUCAUUUUGAGAAAAAAAGUGAUGUUUCAAGCCCUGUAAUGAAGAGAUCAGAAACUACUGGCAGAAGGUUGUUCUCAAAUAUGACAUCAACUGAUACGGGGUCAGUUUCACAUCUUGAGAGAAAUAAUGAUCUUUCAAGUCCUGUGAUGAAGAGGUUUCCAGCGGACCAGUGUGAUUAUGAGGCUUCGUUGAAAUCGUUCUCACUGAGGAAAAAUGCAUGCAUUCCUAAGUAUGCUAGAAUAUGUUCCACGCAUUUCAAACAAGAUGGAGCAGGUGGAGGAAAGACAGUCUUAAGGAGAGGAGCAGCUGCUCCUGAUAUUUUGAUUGUUGACACUAUUCCACCAGCAGCACCUGAUACAGCUCCACAGCCAAGAUUGGAAUCAAUUUCCAACAGACCACCAUCACGAGGUUCAUCAACUGAUACAGCCUCAUUUGAUGAAUACGAGGAGAAUAUUGGUUCUGAGGGAAAUAUUGAUAUCACGGAGAAUUUGGUUAUUAAGGAGGAUAUUGAAUUUGAGGAGAAAGUUGAUGUUAUCACCAAUUCAGUAGAUGAGUUUCAAGCAGUGAGUAACGAAGAUGCUGAUGAAUUAAACAAAGCAGGUGUAAGAGGAAAUCUAUCCCAUUCCAAUUAUGCUAGUAUGUGUUCAACCAAUUUCAAAAAUGUUGAGUUCGAGCUGAAAACGAAUGGAAAAUCAAUAUUCAAAAAAGAUGGUGUUUCUUUUUCCUUGUGUGAUGAGAAUGCUCCAGUAUCUGAACCAGAUCCAAUCUCCGAACCCAGAAUGGAAACAGAUUCAUCAGAUUCUAAUUUUGAAGAAAAUAUUAGGAGAAUUUAUUUUCCAGAUUUUAUAAAAAAAGUGUAUAGGGAAGAAAAGAGAAAAUCCCAAAAAAAAUUAGACAUAAUUUCUUCAAGGAAGAGGAAUUGUUGUGGAAAUUUUCAUGAAUGUGAAUCUGACUCAUCGAAUACACUGUCUGCCUCAGAAAAUGAGUUUGUUCAAACAAUAAGUGAAGAAGAAUGUGAACAGAUCGGAAACAAAAGAAGAAGUCGAAAAAGAGUGAGGAAGUCAGUUUUAGACAUGACGAGCAGCGAUUUCUCGACACACCGAAAAGCCAUCAGGAAUUUCAGGAUCAUGAGGCAAAAAAUUACAAGCCAGAACAAGAAAAUAAGGAUGUUGCAGCAGUCAUUGAGGAGAUUCAAAGAUAGGGUUAACUCUAUGAAAGGAGCUGGAAAAUCUGUGGAAAAAAAGAAGCACAAAUGAUAGACGGCGGAAUAGCGCAGUGGUUGAGGCGCUCGACUAAUAAUCAGUACAUCGAAAAGUUGCUAGGUUCGAAUCCCCAGAAGAGCAAAGAAUUUUAUAUAUCGUCGUUGUAAAAUCGAACCGACAUAUCGGCAAAAAACGCAUUUUUGAGUUAUUGGUAUCAAGAAAUUAAUUUCUUUCUCCUUUCUGAGUAAGUCAAACCGACAUAUGUAUUGUAUGCUUGUGAUUCGUCAGGUAGGGUUGUGCCGGUUUGAAUUUUGGCGGGAUUCAUCAGUAUCUU